AUGGAAUUGAAAAACCUCUUACUGACCGAACCACACUGCGAAUUCUGGGGAAGUAUUUCUGGCUAUGAGCACAUCGACUACGUGUAUUCCUGCGCGCUGGUGUGCAUCCUAGGCUUCGUCUACACCGAUUCGGGUCCUGAAUCAUCCAAAGACAAUACCCGCUCAAACCUCCAAUCCACACUGACCCAGCUCCUCGAUCUAUUCCAUAAGUAUGAGGUGAGGUGCAUCCAGAAUAGGAAGCUCAUCACGCUUAUGGGACGAUGCAAAUAUGCUCUCCAAGGAUUGGCAGAUUUUGUCUUAACCCUGGAACCUGGUAGUGUUUCUAAUCUCGGGCUCUCGGUUCAUAUAUGGAAGGAUUUGUUUCUUAGGAUCAAUCAGCCAUUCGCGGAAUUCCCGUUCGUCACUCAUCCUUCCAGGCCGCCUAUCACUUUUGCCUGGUUUGAGAGUGUCCCGGCGGAUCUUGCGGAUCAGCAUGCAAUCUAG